UCCAUGCCCCCCUUCUCUUUCAGCCUCGGACGCCCAGGAGGCUCCAAGCAUCUGCUGACUGGAAAAGGAUAUGGCGGCCACUCUGGGCAGCGGGGAGCGCUGGACCGAAGCUUACAUUGAUGCAGUUAGAAGAAACAAAUACCCAGAAGACAAACCUCCUGAGAGUCAUGACCCCUGUGGUUGCUGUAACUGCAUGAAGGCACAGAAGGAAAAGAAGUGCGAGAAUGAGUGGAAUCAGAACCGACAGGGUGAAGGGAGCUCCACUUAUACUGAGGAACAACUGCUUGGGGUACAAAGGAUCAAGAAAUGCAGAAAUUACUAUGAAAUUCUGGGAGUUUCUCGAAAUGCCAGUGACGAAGAGCUUAAGAAAGCUUAUAGAAAACUUGCUCUGAAAUUUCACCCUGACAAGAACUGUGCUCCAGGAGCAACAGAUGCUUUCAAAGCAAUAGGAAAUGCCUUUGCGGUUCUGAGCAAUCCUGAUAAGAGACUCCGCUAUGAUGAAUAUGGAGAUGAACAGGUGACUUUCACUGCACCUCAAGCCAGACCUUAUAAUUAUUACAGGGACUUUGAAGCUGACAUCACUCCAGAAGAGCUAUUCAAUGUCUUCUUUGGAGGCCAUUUUCCUACAGGAAAUAUUCAUAUGUUUUCAAAUGUGACAGAUGACACUCACUAUUAUCGACGGCGGCAUCGACAUGAGAAAACACAGACACGGAAAGAAGAGGAAGACGAUAAACCUCAGACCACGUAUUCUGCAUUUAUUCAGUUACUUCCAGUUCUUGUGAUUGUGAUUGUAUCUGUCAUUACUCAGCUGCUGGCUGCUAAUCCUCCAUAUAGUCUAUUCUAUAAAUCGACCUUGGGCUACACCAUUUCCAGAGAAACUCAGAACCUGCAGGUGCCUUACUUCGUGGAUAAAAACUUUGACAAGGCCUAUAGAGGGGCUUCUUUGCAUGACCUGGAGAAGACGAUAGAGAAGGAUUACAUCGAUUACAUCCAGACAAGUUGUUGGAAGGAGAAACAGCAAAAAUCGGAGUUGACAAAUUUAGCAGGAUUAUACAGAGAUGAACGAUUGAAACAGAAAGCAGAGUCACUCAAACUUGAAAACUGUGAAAAACUUUCCAAACUUAUUGGCCUCCGCAGAGGUGGUUGAGAGAAUGAUGGUCCAGGGCAGGGUUGGGGUUUUGUUACUUGUUACUAUUUAUGUUCCUAAUUCCAUUUUAUAAUACAAAAUUAGGAAAUGGCAAA